AUGGCUAUCAACUCCUUCGAAGGGACUGGGGAACCCGUCCAGCUCCCUUCUGCUCCCUCUAAUGCCCACACAGAAGAUGAAGUUUCAGACUCGUUGGACGAGGCAUCAAUGCCUAUUGCAAUUAUUGGCAUGGGAUUCCGAGGGCCCGAAGAUGCCACCAACCUUGAGAAGCUGUGGAAAAUGAUACUCGAAGGCCGGGAAGCAUGGAGUCAGAUACCCGAGUCGAGAUGGAACAGUCAUGCGUUUUACCACCCAGACCAUGCGAGGCACGGCACUACCAAUGUCCAAGGCGGCCACUUUCUGAUAGAAGAUGUAUCCCUUUUCGAUGCGCCCUUUUUCAACAUGACGAGUGACGAGGCAGCGGCGAUGGAUCCCCAGCAGCGGUUAUUGCUUGAAGUGACAUAUGAAGGACUAGAGAAUGCCGGUAUACCCCUUCCCGAAAUUAUGGGAAGCCAAACUUCCUGUUUCGUUGGUUCUUUCAAUGCGGAUUACACAGAUCUCCUUCUACGCGAUCCCGAUGCCAUCCCUAUGUAUCAAUGCACCAAUGCCGGACAGUCGCGAGCCAUGAUGGCCAAUCGAGUGUCAUACUUCUUCGACCUAAAGGGCCCUAGCAUCACAGUUGAUACCGCUUGCUCGGGGAGUCUAGUCGCAUUGCAUUUGGCGUGUCAGACGUUGCGCACCGGCGAUGCUGCGAUGGCAAUUGCGGCCGGAGUAAACGUGAUUCUCAGCCAUGAAUUUAUGUCCACAAUGACCAUGAUGAAGUUUCUGUCACCGGAUGGACGCUGCUACACAUUCGACGAGGAAGCCAACGGAUACGCUCGUGGCGAAGGGAUCGGCUGUUUGAUCUUGAAGCCGCUCAAAGACGCCAUCAGAGAUAAAGACCCUAUCCGAGCUGUCAUUAGGGGUUCUGGGUCGAAUCAAGAUGGCAGGACUCCCGGCAUCACUCUCCCAAGUGGAGCGUCACAGGAGGCCUUGAUUCGCCAUGUUUACAGCAUGGCAGGUCUUCAUCCACAUGAUACAGAAUUCGUUGAGACACACGGCACAGGAACUCAAGCAGGAGAUCCAAUUGAGACAGGAGCGCUCGCGAGAGUGUUCUGCGCUGAUAGAAACUCAGACAAGCCACUGCGCAUCGGGUCCAUCAAAACAAACGUGGGGCAUCUGGAGGGAACAAGCGGAGUCGCGGGCGUGAUCAAGGCAGUGUUGAUGCUUGAGAACCGCACUUUCCUCCCCAACCGCAACUUUACUUCCCUCAACCCGCGCAUUCUGCUAGACGAAUGGAAGCUUAAGGCAUGGCAUCCCAUUCAACUCAAUCCGGAACCAUGGGAAAGCACAGGGCCCCAUCGCGUAUCGGUAAACAGCUUCGGAUACGGGGGAAGCAACGCACAUGUUAUCCUCGAAGACACGUAUGGAUACCUACAAUCGCACGGUUUACAAGAACUUGUUGGCAAGCCACGUGCGCCUUUCCUGAACAACGCUCUUGAGCCAUCGCGAACUCCCAACGGCCGCCAUGACGAAUUACCCAUACGGACGCGUCUUUUUAUUCUCUCCGGUUUUGACGAUCAUUCCAUUACAAAGCAGAUAGAAAAAAUUAGCGACUAUCUCCGCGAAAGGGAAUCGAUAUCUGAUGAUCAGUUCAUGAGCAAUUUGGCAUUCACGUUGAAUCAACGGCGUACUACCCUCAUGUGUCGCGCAGCGGCUACCGGCAACUCAGCUGCCAGCGUAGUCAGAGCUUUGGAAGGUAAUAUCAAGGUUAGAAAGGCCACGCGAAAGCCAGUGGUUGGUUUUGUGUUCACCGGCCAAGGAGCGCAAUGGUGUGGGAUGGGACGGGAGCUGGUGGGAGCAUAUCCUGUUUUCCGCCAGUCAAUGGAACGAAUUGAUGCACACUUGACUAGACUUGAAGCUCCAUUUUCUGCCCUAGGUGAAAUUCUCGAGAACGAAGACACAUCACGGCUCAACCAUCCCCUACACAGUCAAACAAUCUGCACGGCACUUCAAAUUGCACUUGUGGACCUUUUAGAUUCCUGGGACAUACAGCCAGAUUCCGUUACUGGUCAUUCCAGUGGCGAAAUAGCCGCAGCGUACGCCAUCGGAGCGUUAAGCAUGGAGGACGCUAUAUCUGUUGCAUACUAUAGGGGCAUUGCAGCGAGCAAGCUGUCAAACAACAAAGAAGCGAAGGGAGGGAUGCUCGCUGCCGGCGUGUCGCCGGCCCAAAUACAACCAUUCCUGGACACUUUGGAAACCGGGAAAGCCGUCCUGGCAUGCAUUAACAGCCCGUCCAGCGUUACUGUCUCAGGAGACGUUGAAGCUAUUGACGAGCUUGAGAAGGCAUUAAAGGAGAAAGAGUUCUUCUGCCGACGUCUGGUAGUGGAUGUUGCAUAUCAUUCCCACCAUAUGGAACUAGUUGGCGGGGAAUAUCUGGACCUGAUAUCGAAUAUUCGACCACGGAUUGGAAGCAAAUCAGGAAGGCAUCCUGUCUCCUUUUUCUCUUCGGUGACAGGAGCUGAAGUCAAAGCCUCCGAUCUUGGGUCCCAAUAUUGGACUAGAAACCUUCUCGGUCAAGUCAAAUUUGUUGACUCCGUCAGGGCACUUUGUUUUGAAACCAGUACUCAGAAAACGAUGUUUGCGGCCCCUAAUAACAGACGUGCCAGGCGACCAAAUGGUACACGAAAGGUCACCGUUGAUGUCUUGCUGGAAGUUGGCCCUCAUAGAGCAUUGUCGGGCCCAAUCCGUCAAAUUCUGAAAGAUGACAACAAACUCCAUGCGGCAGGGAUACAAUAUGCGAGCGCUUUGACUCGUAAAGUCGAUUCUGUCACUACGACAUUAGAGGUUACUGGAAUCCUGGCCUGCCUGGGUUCUCAGGUCAACUUUUCCGCAAUCAACAACCCGUUAGCUGAGACGCUAGAUACGCAAGUCAUGGUUGAUCUUCCUCCCUAUGCAUGGAACCACAGCAGAUCAUACUGGGCUGAGUCACGCAUCAGCACAACAUUCAGAAAACGCAAGCACCCGCGAACAGAUCUCCUGGGUACUCUCGACAGAAUGUCAUGUCCGUUCGAACCUCGCUGGAGAAACUUUGUGCGCGUAUCGGAGAUCCCAUGGCUGAAAGAUCAUAAGAUACAGUCGAACAUAGUUUACCCUGCAGCAGGGUACAUUGCAAUGGCCAUUGAAGCUGCAUCUCAACACCUGCUGGAGCAAGAGGCCAACAAGCACAUGUCAGCGUUUCUUCUCCGUGAUGUUGAAAUAAGAGCCGCUUUGGUUAUUCAGGAGAAUUCUGCAGCUGAAGUCAUGACCUCGCUACGAGCGUGUCAGGGUAGCACCGAAGACUUCGAGCGUUUUUACGAAUUUAACGUCUAUUCAGUGACCGCUGAGAAUCGAUGGACCGAGCAUUGUCGUGGCCUAGUUGGCGUCCUUGACAUGGCCCUGGACACCGAGUAUGAGACUGGUUUCCAGACUCCAGAAGAACCCUCCGACCUCAGUGUCAUAGACAUUUCGACGUUCUACGAAAAGCUAGCAAGCAUUGGCCUCGAAUAUGGACCUUGCUUUGCGAAUCUGACGCACGCUAGUAGUGCUGACAACUUGUGCUUUGCUGAAGUUACUAUCCCUGACACAGCAGCUGUCAUGCCAAUGAAUUUCCAGUACCCAUACUUAGUCCACCCCUGCACCCUUGACAGCGUAUUUCAUUCAACAUUUGUUCAGACAAACAUGGCGAACAAUCCCGCUAUCCCGGUUCAUAUAGACGAGCUUUGCGUGUCGCGGUGUACAGAGCGUUCACCGGGUGCGAAAAUGCAAAUCGAGACGCAUAUUGACAACCGGACGAGAAAGGAUGUUGUCGCCUCAAUUACAGUGAUGAACAGCAAUGAUAUUAUUGCUAUGUCAAUUCGAGGAUUGCGAUGCAUGAGCCUUGAGAGCAGCGUCCCGAAGCAGCCGCUCAACCCGACUGAUCGCCUCGGGUACAUGCAGACUUGGAAAGCAGAUCCGGAUCUACUUUCAAGGCAAGACUUUAGUACUAUUUUCACUGAGAAUAAUCAGGACAGUGCAGAACUGGCAAACAGACCUUCAUUGGAAAAAUGCGCUUCUUACUAUAUUCGGACAGCCAUCCAAGAUCUUAAAUCCGUGGACAAGGAAGAAUUGCAUCCAGACCGAAGACAACAGCUCGAAUUCCUCGUCGACCGGACGCAAGAAAGUUGCUUAGCUCCGUCAUCAGACAUGAAUGCCGCCGAUAUCCAUGCAGUGAGUGCUUCCGGACCGGAAGGAAGACUCCUCACUACAAUGGGCAAGCAACUCAAUACAUUCUUGAAAGAUCCGAAAUUCUCGGCCACUGAUAUGGAUCCUUCAAUAUGGGAGGAAUACUGGGACGAUAUCCGCUCAGGCCCGGCGUACGAGACACUAGCUAGCUACAUCGAGCUAGUCGGCUAUAAAAACCCAAUGAUCUCGAUACUUGAGGUGGAGGGUACAUUUGGACAAUCGUCUCAAGGUCAUGUCGAACGGCUCUUGAGUAAUAACGGGAAAGGACCCAUAUGCAGUGAAUACACAAUCACUCAUCAAGACCCGUCGAUCCCUGAUCACUUCGCCCCGGUGCUUUCCAAGUGGAACCAAUCUCUAAAAGUAAAGACAUUGAAUCUCAAUCAGAGUCCAGAGACACAAGGCUUUUCCAAAUAUCAAUACGACGUCGUCCUUGCGCCUUUGGGACUUUGUACGGUUCCAUCGAAGUUGCAAGCUCUCAGGAAUAUUCACAGCCUCCUGAAGCCACAAGGGCAUCUAAUUAUUGUGGAUCCCAUCGCUGGACAUGACAAUCCAGUCGGCUCUGUUAUCUUCGCAAAUUCUCCGGGAUGCUGGUCGAUAGGUCGUUUUGGCUAUACUCUCGAAACCUGGAAUGUCAUGCUCUCAGUGGCUGGAUUUGCCGAAGCAGAAGAUGCCAGCACCUCACGAAAAGGGCCCUUCAUGAUCAUCACUCAUCCGUUGCAUGAGCAGUCAAUUCCCAAACGAAGCAUGCUAAUCAUAUCGGAAGAUGGUGACAAUGGUAUAGACUUGUCCACUCUGCAAGACUCUCUCAGCCCCGUGUCGUCCGAUAUCGAAAUUGCAGAUUUCACCCACGCCAAGCCAGAAGGAAGGGUGUGCAUCGUUCUGAGUGCCCUCAGUCGACACUUGAUGGCAGAACCUACUCCAGAGGAACUGGAAGUAUUGAGGCGAAUCUUCUUGAAGGCAUUGGGCGUCUUGUGGGUAACUCGAGGAGCGGAAAUUUCCCCGGUGACACCGGACGGUGCUCUGGCGACCGGGUUUGUACGAACUUCGCGCUCUGAAUCCGGAAUUGAAAGAAUCGUUACAUUGGAUUUGGACGGACAGAAUCCACUCUCAAGUCAUCGCGCUGCUGAAGUUAUAUGCACAGUGGUGCGCGAGCGAAUUCUGGCCGGGGAAAACGGUCAAAGUGAUACAGAGUAUGCUGAGCGAAACGGCGUGCUCCUCAUUCCUCGAAUUGUUGAAAACCAGGCCUUUAACAGGUCCCUUGCGGCCUCGCAUGAGACGCAAACAACAAGCCUUCAAAAUUUCCACCAGGAGGGUAGAUUCCUCAAAGCGACGAUUCCCGAUGCUUCCCGGGAAGAUGAAGUGCUCUUUAUGGAUGAUUCUAGGAUGAACGACCUACCCGCGGACCACAUCCGUGUUCAUACUUAUGCGGUAUGCAUAGAUAAACUGGUCGUAAACUCUCUCGAAGACCAUGAUACCUCUCAAGUAUUAGCGACGAGCUUCGGGGUUAGCGGGAUUGUUCAAGGCGUCGGAGACGCUGUCUAUGAUUUCGCUCCGGGUGACCGAGUGGCUUGCUUUGCGCAAGGAGCAGUAGCCAACUGCCAGCAAGAACAGGCCUUGGCGUUCCAAAAGUUGCCUGAGGAUUUAUCUUUUGAAGCAGCAGCGGCCUUGCCUGCGGCUUAUUGCACAGCACUAUAUGCGCUUCAGAACCUUGGCCGGGUUGCCUCAUCAGACAGGAUUCUAGUAUACGGAGCCACAGGAACGGUCGGGCAAGCCUUAGCUGAACUAUGCCUCCAUGUCGGAGCUGACGUGCUCUUUGUUGUCCGAGCUGAGAAAGACAGACAUUCCCUUGGUAGCACAGUCGCAAUACCUGAUGACCGAAUUAUCGUCUAUGGGAAUGGCGCACAGGCAAGGAAGCUUCUGAGAAUGAAGCAGCAUCAGCGUUUCGAUGUGGUAAUCAAUUUCGAAAGUUCGGACAACGAGAUGCUACAGCUCCUAGGCGGGUUGGUCGGUACAGGCGGCAAAUUCAUACACCUUUACCACGAAAAUCGCUGGAGUCAGCGCAGAUGGGCAAUCCCACAGCUGGAUAAUGCCGUCUCGUUCGCAACACUGGACAUCAAUAAGCUCUUGAGAGACAAGCCAACGUUGCUGUACAAAACAUGGGGCGAUGUAAUGCGCAUGUUCCGAGCAGGACACAUCCGUGGCUCCAAUGCCUCGGCAGCGUAUAGUAUAUCAGAUAUGCUAGACGCAUUGAACGCGUUGAGAUCGAAGGAUCUGGAUUCCAUAAUAAUCGCAGCUAAACCAGAGGACCUUGUGAAGGUCAUCGUUCCGAAGCCGCAAGCUGCCCUACUCCAUCCAGAUGCAUCUUAUAUACUCGUUGGCGGCCUAGGAGGUAUUGGCCGAGCCACAGCCCUCUGGAUGGCCGAUAACGGGGCUCGAACGUUGAUCUUUGUCAAUAGAAGUGGGCCGUCGAGUCAGGCAGCGCAGGAAACAGCACGAGAUCUGAAGCAAAAGGGAGUUCGCGCCAUCGUUCAUGCUUGCGAUAUAUCCGAUAGCAAGCAAGUCGAGAAGAUGGUGACUGAACUUGAACGGAACGCCCCUCCAAUUCGAGGGGUUAUUCAGUCUGCCAUGGUCCUUCGGGAUGUCCAUAUCGAGAAAAUGACCAUCGAGGAUUAUCUCUCCGUGCUGCGCCCGAAAUACUACGGAACCUGGAACCUGCACCGCCAUCUCCCAGACGACCUCGAUUUCUUCGUCAUGCUCUCUUCUAUUAGCGGAAUCAUCGGAAACGCCACCCAGGCCGCCUACGCCGCCGGCUCCACCUUCCUCGACGCAUUCGCAGUAUAUCGUAGCUCCCUCGGUCUCCCAGCCGUCUCGCUAGACCUAGGCGUGAUAACCGACGUAGGGUACCUGGCCGGAAACCGCGAUCUAGCGGCCAAGAUGGCUCAGCAGGGUUUCCACGGCACAGACACGGCGACCCUGAUGUCUUUGAUCGCUGCCUCAAUUAGAGCGCCGUUCGGUGAGGGAGGCACCUCCCAGAUCAUCACGGGAUUGGGCGAGUGGAAAGAUGGGCAGUCGCUCAGCAACUUCGACGCGCCCCUCUUUGCACACUUCCGUCGACAGUUUCAGCACAAGGGUGGAGAGGACCAAUCUGACGAGUUUAUUGGCAAGUUACGCGAGAACCUCCGAGAAAUCAAUAACCUCGGGGAGGCUUCUGGGGUUAUCUACAGUGCUCUGAGCGGGAAGAUUGCGGCGCAUCUGUCUGUUCCGAUCGAGAGCAUCGUUGGCUCACAUCCAAUUACGGAGUAUGGGAUUGACUCGCACAUGGCAGUGGAGUUGAGGAACUGGAUCGCGAAGACAAUGGAGAGCACGGUGCCGAUUUUGGAUAUUCUGGCGAGUAGUACGUUGUUGGAUCUGGCGGGCAAGAUUGCAUCCAAGUCUAGAUUGGUUCAUUUGGGAGAAUAG